AAAUGACUGAAAAUAAUAAAGACUUUUGUGCGGCAUCUCCUUUAAAGAUAGUAGAAAGAGCACAAGUUUUUAACAAGACCACCAGUAGUAAUAACACCAAAAAAUCAUACGGAAAUACUAUUCUUGUGAGUACUACUCAACAAGACAAUCCUCUUCUCAAAUAUAUUCGUAACGUGGCCUGGGAAUUCGACAGUGCAAUCAGACCUGAUUAUGUGGUGGGAAAAACGACGGGUGUACUGUAUCUGAGUUUGCGUUACCAUCGUCUUCAUCCUGAAUACAUAUAUGAGCGCAUGAAUAAGCUUGCAAAUGCCUAUGUCCUCAAAGUACUCUUGGUCUCUGUUGACAUCGACAGCUCCUCAGAAGCAUUGAGGGAGCUCAAUUGUGCAGUCAUAACCCACAAUUUUACACUCAUGCUGGCCUGGAGUCUAGAAGAGGCUGGCCGGUACUUGGAGACCUACAAGUACUUUGAGAACAAGUCGACUGAUCUACUGCGAGAACGUGUGGUAGACGAUUACCAAAUCAAGAUGACCGAUUGUCUUACAAACGUCAACACUGUGAACAAAACAGAUGCCACAACUCUCUUAUCAAAUUUUGAAUCAUUUGAAGGGAUCACCAAAGCUUCUGCGGAGGCAAUAGCCAUGUGUCCUGGUUUUGGAGAUCAAAAGGUGAAGAAAUUGCAAAAAGCAUUGCAGCAGCCUUUUAUGAAUCAUGCUUCAAAGUAAUAAUCCAUCCAAAUACACACACAUCAAAUAGCGCAACAGUAUAAUGCCAGUAACAAUAAUAAUAAUUAUAUUAGUAGGCAAAAUAAUAAUAAUAAUAAAAAUAAUAAUAACAAUAAUAACAGAAAAAAUGGCAAGAACAAUAUCAAUGAUACCAAUAAAAAUAAUAAUAAGAGU